UUUUAAAUUUCUCAGGGCCGGACGUACGUGUCAAAUUGAAAGAAGAGUACAUAAUUUAAAAAACACACUACUUUUUAUAAAAAAGGAAUAUCUGGUAACUUCUACGCCAUGGCAACACAAGUACCACUUGAUUCUCUAGACAAGGAUCAAUUAAAAACUUUUUCAGAUUUCCUCAUGUCCUACAAUAAGCUCUCAGAAUUAUGUUUCACUGACUGCGUUACGGAUUUUACAACCAGAUCUGUUAAAAAGGAUGAGGAACGAUGUGCUUUGAAUUGCAUGGAAAAGUAUCUUAAAAUGAAUCAGAGAGUUUCACAACGUUUUCAAGAAUAUCAAAUGAUUGCUAAUGAAAAUGCUAUGGCCUUAGUACAAAAGAGCGGACAAUUGUCGGGUUAGUUUGUAUAUAGAUCAAAAUGAGCACAAAAAUAAAUUUUAUUUAGGUCAAA